AUGGUAGGGCAAGAAAUUAGCGACGUGAAGAUCAGUACAGUUUUAAAGAUAGUAACCUUAAUCUCAGGGAUUGCUCUUGCAGCUUUAGCAAUCUAUAAGUUUACUGCUUUAGGAAUAUUUGAUGCCCGCGAUUUCUGUCUGACUUGCUACUAUAUAAUAUUUGGAAUCCUUAUAGCCCUAUCAGAAAUGCCUUGCAAGUGCUUAAUGUCCUGCACUUCAUUUUUAGGGUUUUACAUUGGUAAAGCUAUCUUCUGCAUUUUCCUCGGUACGAUUGUAUUUAAUAAAGGAAAUGCUUUUUUCUUGAUCUUAGCAGUGGCAUUUUGGUGUGAAGGGAUUCUUUACUUUGUUCUUGCCUGCUCUUGUAAAUCGAAGCUUGUUAAUAAAGAUGACGAAGAAACAGAUGAAGUGAAAGAAAAACCAAAAGAAGAAGAGCAAAACGGUUUUAAAUCUGUUGAUUUGCAAGGAUCAGGAGCUGAUAAUAGCUCUGCAGUUUAA